AUGACAGCUAUAUCUAAAAGACCAAAUUUCAUUGUCAUCGUUGCCGACGAUUUGGGAUUCACAGACACAUCUGCAUUUGGAGGUGAAAUCAACACCCCUAACUUGAACAAACUUGCUCAAAGAGGACUUAGGUUUACAGACUUUCAUACUGCAUCAGCAUGUUCACCAACAAGAUCGAUGUUACUAUCUGGUACAGACAACCAUAUUGCUGGAUUGGGUCAAAUGAGGGAAUUUAUCAACAGAAUUCCCGAAAAGUUUGCUGAUAAACCAGGUUAUGAAGGUUAUUUAAAUUUCAGAAUUGCUGCAUUACCUGAAAUUCUAAAAGAAGCAGGAUAUUACAACUUUAUUUCUGGUAAAUGGCACCUUGGUUUUUCGGAAGAACAUUGGCCCGAUAAAAGAGGGUUCCAUAAAUCAUUCACACUAAUCCCAGGUGCGGGAAAUCAUUAUAAAUAUUAUCCAAAGGAUGAAGAUGGACACUUGAAAUUUAUGACACCAAUAUUUGAGUCUGAUGGUAGGAAGAUUGAUCCUGACAAAGAGAUACCUGAUGAUUUUUACAGUACCGACUAUUUCACUGAAAAGUUUCUUAGCUUUUUAGAUUCCGAAGAGAGGGAAGACCGACCAUUUCUUGGAUUGCUAACUUAUACUGCACCACAUUGGCCAUAUCAAGCCCCACAAGAAGUUAUAGAGAAAUACAAGGGUGUGUAUGAUGAUGGACCAAGAAAGUUAAGAGAAAGAAGAUUGAAGGACGCCAUUAAGCUGGGAAUCAUUCCAGAGGGCAUUGAUCCGCAUGCAGUUGAAACUCACAAAGACUCUGCUUGGGAUGAUUUGACUCCAGAAGAACAACAAACAGAGGCAAAAAUCAUGGAAAUUUAUGCGGCAAUGGUAGAGAUUAUGGACACGAAUAUUGGUAAGGUCCUCGAUAGAGUUGAGGAGCUAGGUGAACUAGAUAACACCUUUAUAGUUUUCAUGUCCGAUAACGGUGCUGAAGGCAUGUUAAUGGAAGCAAUGGCAACUGUAUCACAGAAUUUCCAAUAUUUCAUUUCUAAAUACUAUAACAAUGCCUAUGAUAAUCUAGGAAACAAAGAUUCUUUUGUUUGGUAUUCUGAAGAGUGGGCACAGGCUGCAACUGCACCGUAUUAUAUGUAUAAGAUGUGGGCUUCAGAAGGAGGUAUUAGAUGUCCUCUAAUAGUGAGUCAUCCUGAUUUAAUUCCAGAGGAGGAUAACGGAGGUAUCAAGGAUGGAUUUGUCACGGUGAUGGACAUCUUACCAACCAUUUUAGAAUUGGCCAAUGUGAAACAUCCAGCCCCUGAUUUUCAGGGCAGACAAGUUGCUACUGUUCGUGGGUCCUCGUGGGUAGACUAUCUCUCCCACAACAGUGAUGAGGUUCACAAUGACGACAAGAUCAUUGGCUGGGAGCUAUUUGCACAACAAGCCAUACGGAAGGGGAAAUAUAAGGCCCUCUACAUUCCAAAACCUUUAGGGUCGGAUAAGUGGCAGUUGUUCAAUAUCCGAACCGAUCCCGGUGAGACAACAGACCUUGCAGAUGAAAAUCCAGAAGUUUUGGCUGAAAUGAUCAAUUAUUGGUCUGAAUAUGUCGCUGAGACCGGUCUCGUUGAGGUUACAGACGUGUUUUACGAUAGGGUCAAGAUGGAAUAUGAAACCAAACGUUUAUAUUGA